AUCAGUUGUGUUUUCAUUUUCCUUUCAGAAAAAUUAACCCAACCGAGACAGAGAGAGGAAAACGAACAGUAGAAAAUGGAAGGAUACAGAAUUCCCAAGAAAAAACCAAGCAACAGCGAUUCCUAUGACUUAUAUAGCACGCUGUCCAAGGAAGAAGCGAGACUAGAAAGAGAGAAGAUAGCUCGGAUGGCCAAGGAAGCGUGGGAGAGAGCCCAAAAGAAAGACUAUUCAGACACAGAAAACAAAACCAGUCGAAAAAGGAAGUCGACUCACCAAAGCAGCAGCAGUAGUAAACGUUUCAGGUCUUCUCACAGCCAAUCGUCAGGGAACCAUGACAACAGAUGGAAGUUCAGUCUUUCACCGUUAUCUGCCAGAGAAACGAACCCGGAACCUGCUAAACCACCAAAGAAGCCAAUCGUCAGACACGCUAACAAAUAUGGCGUCCCCCCGCCCAUGGACUUUAAGACUGUUCUUGCUAUGGCUGAAGAAACUAAGAAAGACAAGAUGAGACCCACAGCAGCAAUCUCGAUAAAGAAGAAAGAGAACAACAUGAGACAAAAGGCAAAAGAGGAGGGGAAGAAGCAGAGGUCAAAGGCCAAGCAGGAAAAGAAGAAGCAGUUGCCAAAGGCUCAAGACAAAGAGAAGGAGAAAACAAAGUCUGUAGAGUGUCGCCGUUUGUUGAAAUCUGGUGGUGGCAAACCCCCUCGCCAGAGAGACGGGUCAGAAGAUGGCGCCGCUUCUCCACCUGGGACGUCCCAGACGAGGACAUCGACACUCGCUUCUUGUUCAUCGAGGGACAAACCAAAGAGCCCGCCGGAGAGCCAGUCCGUGACUGGUGUGGGUGCCGAGUCGCCGUACAACAACAACAGCAGCAAACGUAGCAAAAGAAGCCACAGGAGCAGCCACAAAAGUCGCAAAAACAGCAACAGCAUCAAGAAAAACCGAAGCAUUAGCAAUGACAACAAUAACAACAUUGUGACCAGCUACAACAGUGAGAGCAAUAAGACCACCACCACCACCACCACCAACAACAACAACAACAACCCCGGUGCCAGCGAGAAAGAGACUGUUCCAGUGUGUGGCCGGAGCGAUGUGGACGAGACAGAGGAAGCGACAACGUCAUCUCCUCAGAAUUCCAUAAAUCCUUUUGAUGAGACCGCCAGCCACGUUCAGGAAAAGCCAUGCCCUCAACUUCAGUCGGAUCCGGACCAGCAGACAGAGGUUCCAAAUGUCCAAUGUGACCCAAACGAAGAUCUCAACAUGGAUUGCCUCAUUGGUGAUGAAUCCAUAGAAGAAUUUGCAAAUGGAGACAUAGGGGAUUGGAUCUCACAGGAACUUCGGAAAAUGUGCGGUUUUGAUGAAAGCAGGUUCAAAGCUGACAGAGAGGAUGACGUAUCAAAUGUUGAGGCAAAUGCCAGCAAUGAGCUGUAGGAGGAGAAACU